AUGAAUUAUUACUUCAGUUCACAAGGUUUAGUUGAUAUCUGGAAACACAUAUAUCCUGAGAAUGGGAGAGAUGUUCAUCGUAACCAGUACUUCGAACCAUUUUCGAGUUUAGUUAAUGAUCCACAAUCUGAAUUGUUAAGGUAUUUUAAUGAAAAACAGGAAGAAAUAAGAUCAAAUACAUCCAAGAGUUUGUUUACUAAUAUUUUGCAAGCUAAAGAUACUAUCUUUGAGGUACCACCUUUGCGUGAGUUUCAUGCACCAAAAAACCCUGUCGUUUUAUGUCAUGGUCUUUCAGGAUUUGAUAAGCUUUUAUUGAUACCUCUGUCGAGCCAAUUCAUCCAGCUUUUAACUAAUAAUAUGAUAGCAAAUGGGUCUGAUUUUUCUAUGGAGGACUUGCCUGAGACAGAUAUAAUGCAAAACGUGAAGAUGAGUUUAAUUGAAGUAGACUAUUGGAACGGGAUUAAGCAAAUUCUAGAGUUAAACGGUUGUACUGUGUUGACUGCCACUGUACCCGGUUUUGGUACUAUUGAGAAAAGAGCAUUGGCAUUAAAUCAAUAUUUAGAGAAGGAGGCUAUAAAAAUUAGUUCUGACAAAGAUAAAUUUAGCACUGGACGCAGUAACAAGAUUAAACUAAACUUGGUGUCACAUUCGAUGGGUGGAUUAGACUCAAGGUACCUAAUAAGCAACAUACCAAGUGAUUUAUAUGAUAUUGUCAGUCUCACGACUAUAGCGACACCUCAUAGGGGCUCUCAACUCGCUGACUUUGUUGUUGACAAGUUUAAUACAAUAAGAAUGAAUUCACCAAUUAAGGAUACAAGAACAUUAUUACCUAGAAGCAUUUACCAACUGACCACCUAUUACAUGAAAUAUUUUAACAAUAUAACACCAGAUAGACCAGAUGUGAAGUAUUUCUCUUACGGAUGCUGUUUUAAUCCCAACUGGUAUAAUUUGUUCUUUCCCACAUGGAAUAUCAUUGACAAAGCCACAAAUGGUGAACCAAAUGAUGGUAUGGUGACUGUAUCCAGCAGUAAAUGGGGAGAAUACAGUGGCACAUUAGCCAAUACCGAUCAUAUGGAUAUAAUAAAUUGGAGAAAUAGAUUAAAGAUCGAGUCUACUCAAUGGCUAACAUCAUUUGAAGGUAAAAAAAAAGUUAAAGUUCAGACCUGUAUUGACCCUCUCCAAUUCUACCUCCUGAUUGCAGAUAACUUGGGAAGAAAAGGCUUUUAG